AUGACAGAUGCUGCUGCAUUGUCAGAGGUCACUGCAGCCGGCACGGAGGGUGCACCGAUGCCGGAUGUCGACACGGAAAAGCAAGCCGACGGCAUUCCUUUGAACGACCUGACCAAGGAGGCAGAGCGCGGCGGGAAUCGCAAGUUUCACGUUCGGACGCGCAUGCAUUGGUACCAGUUCUGGCUUUACAAAGAUGACCCACCUCCUCCGCCAGAGUCGCUGGACGAUUCAAAAGAGCUCCCUAUCGCAAAACUCAAUCUGUUUAGCGACUGGACCUACCACUGGAUCAUGCCCUUACUGAAGCUCGGAUACCGCCGCCCGCUGGAGGCGACCGACCUUUGGAAGAUGGAUGAUCCUCGUACAGCAAAGCAUAUCAGCAACCUGUUGAUCGAACGCUGGACCGAGCGUGUCGCCAAAGCCGACGCUCACAACGAGCGUCUCGAACGCGGCGAAAUCAACCCUAGUGUAAAACUAAUGAAGAAAUGGCGCAAGGAAGCGGAAAAGGAGUCAGCUACAAACCUUGGCGGCGAGGCAAGCGUCGAGGAGCGUGUCAAGGCAAAAGAGGCCUGCUGGCGAUCGCCCGUGCUCAAGUAUGUAAAGGCGGAAUUCCGCACACCCGAGCUCAGGCGCCAGCACGACAUUGCAGGAAAAGUGAAGACGGCAAGCAAACGCGCCAACCUCUUCUUUGCGCUGUUUGAUAUUUUCUGGCCAAACGUCACUGUGGCCUACAUCUCCAAACUAUUAGGUGACACGGCCUACCUAGGCUCAACUUUGCUCAUGGAGAAGAUCAUCGACGCUGUGAGCAAGGAGGAUACGGGUCUUGCGUGCGGCUAUGUUGUGGUUAUGUUUGCCAUUAUGAUCAUCAGCAACCUACUUACCAAUCGCUUCUAUUAUCAGUCGAUGUACAUUGGUGUUUUUACGCGUGCCGCCCUUGUGUCUGGUAUCUACAAGCGCGCCCUUAACAUGCAGGGUCGCGACCGCUCGACCGGCAAGCUCGUCAAUCAUAUUUCAACGGACGUGUCCCGCAUCGAUUUUGGUGCGCAAUGGUGGCUUGUCACGUUCACCGCUCCAGUGGAACUGAUUGUUUGCAUCAUUAUCCUACUUUCACGAUUCGGCGUCUCGUGUCUGUCGGGCUUUGCGCUGGUGGUGGUUGUCCUUCCCAUUCAGGCUUCCUGCAUGAAAUUUCUCUUUGAUCUCCGCAACAAAUCGCUGGAAUGGACCGAUCGUCGUGCGCGGCGUACGCAGGAAGUCCUGUCGGGCAUGCGUAUCGUCAAGUUGUUUUCAUACGAGUCCAACUUUUUGCAAUGGAUCAGCAAGCUACGUCGCAACGAGCUAAAAUAUAUCUUUAGGCUUACUGUAAGGUUGGCGGCACUCCUUGCCACUGCCAUUGGCCUCCCAGUGCUUGCCGGCGUGCUUGCUGUCAUUACUUUUUAUUUCAAGGAAGGGCAUCUCGAUGCAUCCAAAGUCUUCCCGGCCGUGACGCUCUUUCAGCUCAUCCGUCUGCCGCUGAUGUUUUUGCCGUUCGGGCUAAGUGUCAUUGCGGACGGUUAUGCAUCCAUUUUGCGUUUAAGCGAAGUGUUCUAUGCCCAGCAACACGAUGUAUCGGUCAAAUCGGAUGCGUUGUCGCCGUACGGCCUCCAAUUCACCGACGCUCAAUUCGAAUGGGACGAUGUUAGCGAAGACCCAACUCUGAAACCGACAACGACAGAGGAAAAGAAGGAGAAAAGGAAGCAGAAGCAGAAGCAGAAGCGUCUGUGGGCAUUUCUCCGAAAAAACCGCAAGAAUGUCCCUGCAUCGGAAAAGAAGCGGCUUGGACUCUUUCGCAGGAAGGCCAAGAAGGAAGAUCUCGCGCUUAUUGGAGGAAAGCCCAAACCCAAGCCGGUAGAAGACUCGCCUAGCGACUUUAUUAUGGCGCCGCUCAACCUCGCCAUUAAACUCGGCCUGGAUUCAGAACGCAACAAUGGCGACCUGACCGAGAUUGGCGAGCGUGGUGUGACACUGUCAGCGGUCGAUGCACACGUUGGAAAAGCACUUUUCAACAACGCGAUCCUUCCUUUGCGUUCGCGCGGAAAAACGAUUUUGCUCGUAACACAUGCGAUCCAGUACUUGGAAGGCUGCGACAGAAUCGUUUCCAUGGAUGACGGACGUAUCGAAGAGGUCGGUACUUUUGCCGAGCUCAUGGCUGCACGCGGUCAUUUUUACCAAACGAUGCAAAACUACAGCACGCUCCGCCAGACUGGCGUAGAGGAAGACGCAAACGAUCUUGCUGCGGAAGUGGAAGCAGGCAAGUCCAAGCCAAAGCUCGACACGGGAAAGCUCAGCAAGCCAGGAGGCAACACGAUGGAGCUGGAAGAGCGCAAUACGGGUGCCGUCGACAUGUUUGUAUGGAAGGCGUACCUGAGAGCAGGCGAACACAGCGUGAUGCAGUUCAUCUUCAAUUUUAUCGCCGAUAUUUUGCUUGGACUGAUGACCUAUUUUGCUUCGCGGAAGCUGCACGACAAUGCCAUGAAGCGUGUGAUGUAUUCGCCGAUGGCCUGGUUUGAUACAACACCCAUUGGCCGGAUCAUUAACCGUUUUGGUAAAGACAUUGACGUACUGGACAACCAAGUAAGUGGUCUUUUGCGCCAGAGUGUCGCGACCUUUAUGACAAUGCUAGGCGCUGGUGCAAUGAUUAUUGCCCUUACGUACUACUUUGCCAUUGUCAUUGUCGGUGUGCUUCUCAUUUCGUGGUUCAUUUCCACGUAUUACCGCGCCUCGUCGCGCGAAUUCAAGCGUGUCGAUGCGCUACUGCGGAGCACGUUGUACUCACAUUUUGCCGAGUCGCUCACAGGUCUGACGACCAUCCGUGCGUACAACGAAUCCAAGCGGUUCCUGUACGAAAACUACAAGGCGAUGGAUCUGCAAAACCGUGCCUAUUUCCUUACCAUUGUGAAUCGGCGCUGGCUGGGCUUGCGUCUUGAUUUACUUGGUUCGCUUUGUGUGCUUGUGGUAGGCAUUCUUGCUGCUGUGCGUGUGCAUGGCAUGGGUGCUGGCCAAAGCGGUGUCGUGCUUUCGAUGAUGAUCACCAUUGCUCAGUCGCUCAGCAUGCUCACAUCCGAGCUCACUGAGCUCGAAAAUGAGAUGAACUCGGCUGAACGCCUUGUCUAUUACGCCGAGACACUCGACCAGGAGGCGCCACAACAAAUUCCCGACACAAAGCCACCGGCCUCGUGGCCAGACCAUGGCGCUAUCGACCUGGAUAAUCUCUGGCUCAAGUACCGGCCCAAUCUGCCGAAUGUUCUCAAAGGCGUCACAUUGCAUGUCAACGGCGGCGAAAAGGUUGGUAUUGUAGGGCGGACCGGUGCAGGGAAAAGUUCAAUCUUGACCGUGCUUUUACGUCUCUCGGAAGCGACGCAAGGUACGAUCUCGAUCGACGGCAUUAACGUGUCCAUGAUCGGCCUCGAAGAUUUGCGCCUAGCGAUCGCCAUUCUUCCUCAAGAACCACUUCUGUUUAGCGGCACAUUACGCUCAAACCUCGAUCCCUUUGGACUUUACGACGAUGCGAGGCUCUGGGACGCGAUGCAGCGUGCCUACCUAACAGGUCCGACCAGUGCAACGACGACCGAAGAUGUCAUCCACGAUCCGAGCGUACCGAUGACGGAGCGCACCAAGAUGCAAGGGGAUGCACAGGCGAAAGAACCUGGCACUGAAAGCAAAGCACUCACACGCCUUUCGCUUGACUCAAUCAUUGAUGAAGAAGGCGCAAACUUGUCGGUUGGUCAGCGUUCCCUCGUGUCGCUCGCUCGCGCGCUGGUGCGCAAUUCCAAGAUCAUUCUUCUGGACGAGGCGACGGCCUCUGUGGACCUCGAAACCGAUGCCAAGAUCCAAAAGACGAUCCGCACCGAGUUUGCUGACCGCACGCUGCUCUGUAUUGCGCACCGCCUAAGCACGAUCAUCGGCUAUGACCGCAUUGUCGUGAUGGAAGACGGCAAGGUCGUCGAGUUUGAUACGCCCCUCACACUCUUUGACCGGUCCGAUGGUAUUUUCCGUGGCAUGUGCAGCCGCAGCAGCAUUUCACGGGACGAUAUUCUCCAAGCACGCCCAUAA